AUGGCCCGCCUCAGUCUCUCCACCCUCACUUCCCUCCUCCUGUUACAGGGGACAGCACUGGCAGCCAACACUGGUGAACAUGGCAAUAACUCAGAUAGUCUCGUGUACACAUUCCCUACCGACCCCGGCGUCUCCGGUCAUCCUCUCGAUGUCGUGCACGCCUAUUACCGCCAAUGGCCCACCGGCAUCGCCGUUUCUGCCUCUGGCCGCCUCUUCUCCAACUUCCCCGGCGGUCUAGACCCAGCCAACGUCAACCACGGCACUCCCGGAAUCUUCACCGUGGGCGAACUCGUCUCCCGCACCGUCGAGAAGGCGUACCCGUCCGAGGAGAUGAACACCCCUCCCUGCUCCAUCGGUGCAGUAGACCUGACAGACCCCGACCACCCCGUCGGAUGCGGAAGUGCAGACCACCUGAUCGCCGUACAAAGCGUAGUCGUCGACCCCAAAGACCGGCUCUGGAUCCUCGACACGGGAAGACCAAUGUACACCUUCCCCAACGGCUCCGUCAUCCUGCUCCCCUCCAGCUACGGCGGCCCCAAACUCGUCGGCGUCGACCUCACCACCAACAAGGUGUUCAAAACCAUCCCUUUCUCUCCCGAAGUCGCUCUGCCGAGCGACACCUACCUCAACGACGUCCGCUUUGACCUGCGCCCCCACAUCACUUCGUCAGGCGAAGGCAUAGCGUACAUCACCGACUCCUCGUCCACCGGCCACAACGGGGUCAUCGUCGUGGACAUUGGCGCCGGUGAAUCCUGGCGGAAAUUACAUCGCCACCCGUCCGUCCUGCCAGAAGGCCAAUUCCUGCCGUUCGUAUGGGGUCGUCCCCUCUACUACGUCUCUGACCCCGGGCAUUCCCCCAGUGGCAACUUAUCCACGACAAAACCCCCAGGCCACAUCGCCAUGGGCGCAGACGGCAUCGCCAUCUCACCCGACGGCGAAACGCUGUAUUACAUGCCGCUAGCCAGCCGCACCCUUUACAGCGUGCCCACAGUCCUUCUUCGAGCGCGCGACAACGCCGCCGCCGACGAGGAUUUAUUCAAGGCAGUGAAAAACCACGGCCAGACCGGCCCCGCAGAUGGUCUAGAAACUGACUCCAAUGGUUUGGUGUAUAAAGGGAACCAGGAGGCAAACGCAGUGGUGGCGUAUAACCCCAAAACGGGCAUGACGCAGACGGUUGUAAGAGAUCCGAGGAUUGGGUGGGUUGAUACGUUGAGUGUGGGGGAAGAUGGGUGGGUGUAUUUUACGAGUAAUCAGUUACAUUUGGCUGGGGGGAUGUGGUCGCCUAUGUCGCCAAGGGGGGAAGGUGACGAUAAUCAGAAUCAGAAUCAGAAUCAGGGGGAUCAGAGGAGGAAGCCGUUUGGACUGUUUAGGGUUCCUUUGCUUGAUGGGGCGGGAAGAUUAAGGUGUAGGUAG